CGGGUGCCCUUUCGUCUGUCAUACGCGUAUGAAAAUAGGGCUAUGUUUAAAAUGCUGGUUUCAACUAGACUGAAUGAAGUUUUUAUACAAUUUCUUAUGUAAAAACAGAAGUAUAUAUGAAUUUUACCAUGGCUUAUAAAAUUUUAUACAAUUCAAGAUGACCCGGCAUCUUGAUCAAUAUCGUUUUCGUCUGGAAAUGAUGAAAUUUCAGAAAUUUUGAUUUCCCUGCUCAAGUUGUUGGGCUUCCUUUGUGAAGAGGUGCAUGGCGGGUACAACAAGAUGGCGGCCAUUACGAGAAGGGUAUUCCCUCUGGUUGGUAGUCUGCUAAGAGACAAAACCACUCUCCUAUCAACAACACCAUUGCACAUGAUAAGUCUGAGGAGUGUGACAGUAAAGGAUUUGCCAGUGCACUAUAGAUACAGGGAUGUCCUUAGGUAUGGUGUCUAUGCUGCACAACCAGGACUGGUAAAAGCCAGUGCAUUGGAAUCUGCAAGACUGGCUAUCAUCAGAAAAACUAAGAACAAACAAAUUAUCAUGAUUAAGGCUCAUGUUCCCAUGACUAAGAAGGCACUUGGCAGUCGAAUGGGUAAAGGCAAAGGGAAGAUGGAUCACUAUGUGGCAAAUGUGAAGGCUGGUAAAAUCCUAUUUGAGUACAGCAGUGAUAGUGAAGCUCUGGCUUUGGAGGCCUUUCGUCAGGCCAGCAAUAGACUCCCUGUAAAAACACACUUCAGAGAGAAACCAAGAAUUGAAAAACAAGUUUGGACAUUUUGAGCCAGAUGUAGCUGUACAAUAAAGAUGCAAUCACACAGCAGGACUAGACCAUGUUUUGCUGCCUUGCAAUCAAACUAGUGUUGAAACUCUUGAAAACAUCUCUAAAAACCCUAUUGCUUAAAUAAAAUAUAGAAGUAAAUGAUCAAUAGAGGUGUAGAUGUACUCAUCCUCCCUAAAUUUCUUAAUGUCUCUCUGUAUCAGUCCUGCUGGGUUGAUAGGGGAUUGAUAUAUUUUGUGUUUUUGUGUUUACGGUUACAGCUAUAUUGAUUUUUCAUUUGUGCAAACCUUGUUCUAACCAUAUGAAGAGUAUCUUAAUGUGAAUAACAAUUUAACUCAGCAUAAAGCUCUGGAAAAAAGAAAAUGUAAUUCAACUCUUUGAACCAACUUUACAGUGGAAUAACCUGAAAAUAUAACAAGUUUUUGAGUA